AACACACGAGAAUAACAGCUGAUUGUCAUUGCCGAUUUUGUAACAAAUUUUGUUGUUUACAGCAAGGCGAGUAAGCGAGUUUAUUAAUCAAAAUGAUGCGCUAUGAGGGAAACGAGAAGCUAGCAGAUGAAACUGCUUGUGCCGGCGUGCGGGCGGAUCUAAAAAUGUGUCUGCUGGAGAGCGAAUGCUGUCGCCUAGACAAGAAGACGCCGCGCCAGUGCCUCCAGGACAACAGUGUUCCUCCAGAGUGCCAGGUUCUGCGCAACACCUUCUACGAGUGCAAGCGUUCCCUGCUGGAUAAUCGACAACGGUUCCGCGGGCACAAAGGCUAUUAAUUGAAUGCACCACACACUUUGUUUUAAUAUUGUAAAUUGUUACUUAAGAGUUUAUUGAAUACACACGAAAUUAUA